AUGCCUGACCAGGAACGAUUAGUCAACGCAUUUUGCGACUUGGUUCGAAUCGACAGCCCGUCCGGUGAAGAAUGGGACGUUGCGCAGCACGUAACCGACCGGCUGGUCGAUCUUGGCUUCCAGGUGGAACGCGAUGCCCACGGCAACGUCAUCGCCGGCGAAGACGGCGACCGCCCUCUGCUGCUCUCGGCCCACAUGGACACCGUCGACCCCGGUCGCAGCAUUCGGCCCCAACUGGUCGGCGACCGCGUAACCUCCGAUGGCAAUACCAUCCUCGGCGGCGAUUGCAAGGCCGGCGUCGCUGCGAUCCUGGAGGCGCUGGAAGCGGUCAAGCUGGAUGGGCGGACCCGGCGCCCGGUGCAGGUCGUGUUUACCCGCGGCGAGGAGAUCGGCCUCGUGGGUGCUUCCAACCUGGACUUCUCCAUGAUUCGCGGCACCGAGGCCGUGGUAUUCGAUGGCAAUGGCCCGGUCAAUACCAUCACCGGCGCCAGUCCCACCUACAUGGCUUUUGACAUCAACGUGCGUGGCCGCGGCGCCCAUGCCGGCGUUGAACCGGAAAAGGGCCUGUCCGCCAUCAAAAUCGCCACCGACAUCAUCGCCGAACUGCCCCAGGGCCGAAUCGACACCGAAACCACCUUCAACGUCGCAACCAUUACCGCCGGCACCGUCCGAAACGCCGUGCCCUCCGAGGCGUCGCUGACCGGCGAAUUCCGCAGCAUGAACAUGGAAUCGCUGGAGCUGCUGCGGAUGCAACUUAUUUCCACCGUUAACAAUAUCCGGGGCCGGUAUCAGGAUGCGGAGAUUACCGAGUCGAUGGAGAUGAUGUUCCAGAUGUACCGGCUCGACCCCAACGAAGCCACUGCCCAGCUGGUUACCCGCGUGAUGCGCGACAUGGGCCUGGAACCCAACAUUCAGCCUUCCGGCGGCGGCACCGACGGCAACGUGUUCCGGCUCAACGGCAUCGAGAGCGUCGUCGUGGGUAUGUCAACCAACCUGAUGCACACCAUCGACGAGUACGUCGUAGUGCCCGACUUGAUGAACACCGCCCGCUUCUGCGAACAGUUGAUGACCUUCGGCGCCUGA